CAAUAAUGACAAAUAGAAAAUCAUUAUAAUCAUGAAGCAUACAUAACAGCCUGAACCAAUCGGGGGGAAGUGGUGAUUUGUUCCAGCCAAUCGCGGGCGGAGGGUGGAGGGAUGAUUUUAAAACUCCAACUCAAGUUGCUGUAACGUGCAGCUCCUCAGCUCACAUUGUGGACCACAACUUUCACGACUGCACCUCCCAUGACAGCCUAGGAAAACAACCCUGACGAAGACAAACAAACAGGGAGGCAGAAGGAAAACAACGGACUCGUACUGAGCGAAAGUGUUGGAGGAAUUUAUUGUGGCGCACCGUGCGUAAAAGGCGCACUGGCCACUUGGUUGCGCGCUUGAUUUCAGUGGCAAAAUUUGAAUUCUGUUUUAGAAUUAAUUAUUCGGAUUUUUUAAAUCAAAAAAGGGCUGAAUAAAUAAUGUUGAAAAUGACAGAAGAGCAUGAAAAGUGCGUCAGCGACCAGCCGUGCAGUCCAUCGGGCUCAAACAGCUCAAUGUCCCAGGACGAGUCCGACUCCGAUGCUCCGUCCUCACCGACGGGCUCAGACGGGCAAGGAUCUCUGCUCACUGGAUUGGGCAAGAAGCUGGACUCCGAGGACGAUGAUCGGUUCCCGGCUUGCAUACGGGACGCCGUCUCUCAGGUCCUCAAAGGAUAUGACUGGUCCUUGGUGCCGAUGCCCGUGAGAGGGAACGGAUCUCUGAAGAAUAAACCGCACGUCAAAAGACCCAUGAACGCGUUUAUGGUUUGGGCGCAAGCGGCCCGCAGAAAGCUGGCGGAUCAGUACCCACACCUGCACAACGCCGAACUGAGCAAGACUCUGGGGAAACUGUGGCGUUUGCUCUCAGAAAGUGAGAAGAGGCCGUUUGUGGAAGAAGCAGAGAGGCUUCGGGUUCAGCACAAAAAAGACCAUCCAGACUACAAGUACCAGCCCCGGCGACGGAAGAAUGUGAAACCAGGCCAGAGCGACUCGGACUCAGGGGCAGAACUGGCACAUCACAUGUACAAAGCUGAACCCGGGAUGGGAGGACUGGCAGGGAUGACUGACGGACACCACCACCCUGAACAUGCAGGGCAGCCUCAUGGUCCCCCUACACCACCCACUACUCCCAAAACAGACCUGCACCACGGGGUGAAGCAGGAUCUGAAACAUGAAGGCCGCCGUCUGGUUGACAGCAGCAGGCAAAACAUCGACUUCAGCAAUGUCGACAUCUCUGAGCUUAGCACUGAUGUCAUCAGCAACAUGGAGACCUUUGACGUGCACGAGUUCGACCAGUACCUCCCACUUAACGGCCACGCCUCAAGCUCCUCCGCCCUGCCUUCAGACCACAGCCAUGGGGGUCCGGCGCCUGGUGGCUCUUACGCUUCCUCAUACAGCCAUGCAGGCGCCAACGGGUCAGUGUGGAGCCGCAAGAGCGCCAUCUCCUCUUCUCCAGCCGCUGGAGAUGUUGGCCAGCACCGACUCCACAUCAAAACGGAGCAACUGAGCCCGAGUCACUACAGCGAGCACUCCCACAGGUCCCCUCCACACUCCGAUUAUGGCUCCUACGGCAGUCAGGCCUGUGUUACCUCGGCCACGUCAGCUUCCUCCUCUUUCUCCAGCUCACAGUGUGACUAUACUGAUAUCCAGAGCUCCAACUACUACAACCCGUACUCAGGCUACCCUUCUACCCUCUACCAGUACCCCUACUUCCACUCAUCCAGGCGGCCCUACGGCAGCCCCAUCCUCAACAGUCUGUCCAUGGCUCCUGCCCACAGCCCCACCACCUCCAGCUGGGACCAGCCCGUCUACACCACUCUGUCUCGACCAUGAGAGAACAAAAAAAAAGAAAUUGUCAACUCGCACCAGAGACUCAUUCAGAUUGAUGCACUACUAAUGAAGGAAGUAAGGAGCAGGUGGAGAAGAGUGU